AUGUUGUUCCAUUCAUCACUUGCUGCGAGACGGACGGAUGACGACGACAUUGAUAUUAAUUCUUUUGCUCUCUUUCUUCGCUUGUUGCUUAACUUUUUUCUUUCCUCAUUGACAUUCUUUUUGCUUCACUUCGUUGCUAUUCUUCUUUCUUUCAUUGCUUCCCUACCAUUCUUUCAUACCUUCUUCAUUCAUUUUUAUAAUUUUUUCUCCUUCUUGGCGUAUUUCUUUCGUUCUUUCAUUCUUUUUUCUUCAUUGUUUUUCUUUCUUUUUUCAUGCAAAUUAAUCAUUUUUCUCUCUUUUGUCGGUUGUUUUAUUUCUAUUCAUUAUUGUCGCUUUCCUUUCACCUUCAUAACUUACAUUCAUUUAUUUCGUCCUUUCUUCCUAGCAUUUCCAUUCAUCCUUCAUCAAUUCAUUUUUUCAUUCCCUUUUCCUUCUUCUUUCCGCCCCACACCUUUCUUUCUUUCUUUUAAUAUUUUUAAUUCAUCUUUCCUUCCUAGAAAUAUUUUCAUUCUUCUUUCCAUCCUACACAUUCUUUCUUUCUUUGCUCUUUCACAUACUACUUCUCUUUCUUUCUUUCUUUCUUUCUUUCUUUCUUUUAUUUUUUACCAACCAACCACUCACUUGAUAUUUGGGUUCAGUAAAUCUUAUUGA